CCGUCUUCUUGAUUCCUUUUGACAUAGGAGGCUAGUUCCCUACCUUUUAGGCGCGGCGAUAUGCGAAAUCCCCGACGAUGCAACCCAGGGCGCUAUGUUCACGCGACCCAUUAUGAUUGUGCUUGAUGUCCCUCCGCUGUUCUUUGUCGGACGUUUCACCGACACCUCGAAUUCUAUGAUCUUGGUUGAAUCAUCUCCUUCACUCUCCUCCUGUUGCGCGUUUUUCUUCAAGCCCUUCACGUCGUUACCAUCAUUGGAUGGCUCGUGCGAUAUAGGACACGCCAGCCUUUUUUGGAAGUGAAGAGAUGCGGUGACACAGCCGAGCCACUGGCCCGUAGCUGUCUGCUUGCAUGCUCGGUCAUCCCUUCUCCCACGAAUAGGCGAUUCUGCGAUCAUGACCGGGCCAGCUCUCCAUUUCAAUGGGAAGAGACCGAGCCGUCGGCGUCUCAUCAUUGCCGUCGUCAUAUUCUUUGUGACCGCCGUCUCUAUUGCAAUUUUCACAUUCGCACGACAAAACUACCAUGGCGAGCUCCAAUUCCCGUCACCUGAAUCUGCCUCGGGUUUCGCCAAGGACCUUCGCGUUGAACAAUUCAUAAAGCCAGAAGGCAUCAAGAUCAUUGGUCUCGUUUUCUUUGGCAGAAAGAACAGAGUCGAAAACCUGCGGUGCUUCCUCGAGCGCAACCUGGUCGAUAAUGGCGGCUGGCUUGACGAGAUCCACUGGAUAAAGAACACCGACAAGCCCAAGGAUCUCGAAUACCUUGACGAAAUUCUUGCCUCUUCGCCUCGCUACAAGAAGAUCGAGCUGGAAGGAGUCGGCUUCGUCGGCUACGGUUAUGCUUGGACCCAUCUCGAACCGGGCCAGCUGUACGUUAAGAUCGACGACGACGUCGUCUGGUUCGCAGACGACACCAUCCCUCGUGUGGUCACUUCGAAAAUUGCCCAUCCCGAAUACCUAUUGGUCAGUGCAAAUCUCAUAAAUUCACCUUUGAUGGGCUGGGUGCAUUAUCAUAUGGGUGCAUGGCAUCCGUACCUACCUGAGUUCGACGUGUACGAUCCUCCACUGCUCGACGCCGUUACCUCGCUUCCCACCCGUAAGCCCUGGCGUUAUACGGCAUACCCCAAUUGGACCGGUCCGGACGACUACUACUUCGAUGCAUUCCAGGAUCCACCAUACGACGGUCACCGCUGGCUUCGUCUGCAAAACGAUUCGGAGAUCCAUCGUACGCCAGUCAAUGACAUCGAAUACAAAACUUGGGGGAAUGCUGUCCAGUCGUGGGCCAUUGCGGCACAGGGGCAUUACUCGUUUCUUGAGAAUCUGGCCGACGGCCGUCUGGAUCGCUACAAGAUGGGGAAAGCCUGGCUCACUGACUACCGGCGUUUGAGUAUCAAUUUCAUCGCCAUCAUGGCGGAUGAUGUCCUGAAGAAUUUGCCUAUGGAUACCGUGGACGAGGAGUGGCUGACCGUCGAGCUCCCCAAAACUCUGGGUCGUAGUAUUGCCGUUGAGACGGAUGCGUUGGCUGUGCACUUCACGUUUGGAGGCCAGGGCAAAAUGCAACAGACGGACUUGUUAGCCCGGUAUCACGAUUAUGCCCUCGAAAAUGCAUGUGCUCGGAGGGUGUGAAAGCGAAUGCGCAUGGGUGACGAGAUACCUUGCGUUACAUAGCGAUGGAGUUGGGACUACUUGUCACAGUUCCAUAGCGCUUGACGACUUUUUGUAUGAGUACUUUUAUUGACAAUGGUAUCAAAGUUCAAGUUAUAGUGAACAUGUCUCGAUGCUCUGGGGGAG